UAAAAAGUAAUCCGACACAGCCCUGGCAGUUCACAACAAGGUCCCCUUUCUGAGCCCGUAAAAUCAGCGAUAUGGAGUUUCAGCUUGAAGUUGCAAAGGCCGUGUCGUUAAAAAAAAUCCCAGAAGGAGUUAGAAAAACUGAGAGGAAAUGUCUGCUUCUCCUCACACAGCACAAGGCCUGAGGGAGGCUAAAGCUUGUACAACAUCUUUCCACUCAAAGUAUGACAAGGGGUUAAUUCCAGACGGAAAAAUGGUGCUUGUAAGUGGACAAAAGUAGCAACAGUGAACUAAACAGCAAAUUCCUAAUUUGUGUUGAGCUUAAUUACUUCACGUAUCAUGUGUACUCAAUACAGAAACCGUAUCUUGAAGAAAGAAAAAAAAAAAAAGAAAGGAAAAAAAAAAAAAAAAAACGACCUGCCUGCCUAAAAGCUCCUUUCUGUGUGGGGCUGUCACAGAGGAGGGCCCAAGCUAAGGCAGCCUGCCCUCACCCCGCAAGUAAAGCUCCUGUGGCCACAGAGCCGCUGUGAAGUAUUUCCAGUCAUCGCAGGCAUCGGCUUGAGCUCAUCCAGAUGUGAAGCCUGGAGCAAAGUUCUGUCACGAUGUGCGGCUCAAAAAGUCGGUCAUUAGUAUUCCUUGGACUGGUUUGCAACAGCCUAGAAAUGGUUUUUUCAUCUAGCACAGGUUUCUCUAUGUCUAUAUAUGAUGUGACAUCAAGAAGCAUUUAUCUCAGAUGGCCCAAGUUUUCAGGAGCCUUUACCUACAGAAUCACAGCUACAGCUGUGAAUACUGUGGGCCAUUCUUUACAGGCUCAUUUCAGUGGUAUUACAUUUACAGGCACGCUAACUUCAUUAAUUCCCAAUACUGUUUAUGUUAUACAAGCAGAAGCCAUUGACAUGAAUGGAAUUAUUCUGGCUGAAACACAGAUUAUGCAGUCAACAGCUCCAGACAUACCUGUUAUCGAUCAAGCUUACUCAAAACUUAGCAACAGUAUCACAGUGGAAUGGAGAGUGGUACCUGGAGCUACAAGUUAUCUACUGUCUGCACAAGAUGGAGAUUCCUGCAUUGAAACUACAGUCACAAAUUCACCGGGUACAGUUAUGGGAUUGAAACCUGCCACCUCGUACAGAAUCACUAUCAGAUCUAUAAAUGCAGGAGGAAAAAGCCAGCCUUCACCUUCCAGAAAAGCAAAAACAGUCCUGGCUGCUCCAGUUCUGUCUGUUAGUUCCCCGAGCUGUGACUCCAUUGCAGUGAGCUGGAAAGCUGUGUAUAUGGCAGCUGGAUUCUCUGUGUCCCUGAUGAGAUCAGAUGGUUUGGGCAGAAUGCUGAAGCAGAACACCACCAAUACUUCCUUCGUAUUUACAAAUUUAGAUCCAGGAACUCUCUAUACUAUCAAGGCAUAUGCCUGGAAUGCCAAUGGGCUUCCUGGAGAUGAUUUCACAUACAACCAAAGAACAAGUCCUCAGGCGCCAGUGGAUGUUCAAGUAGUUUUCAAUAGUGGUGCUUUAAGAGCUGUUGUUUCUUGGAUGCCAGCAGAAGGAGCUCUAACUUACACUGUGACAGCCUCCAGUGGACUCCUGAAACUGAAGUGUAACACAUCUUCUGCCUCCUGCGUGGUACUGCCACUCCAGUGUGGAUCUGAAUAUUCUGUUUUUGUCACAGCACAUAAUGAUGCUGGAUCCAGUAAACCUACUGAUGCAGUAAGCUUAAAAACUAUCCCUUGUGCCCCAGGAAAUAUAUCAAUUGAAGAGGAUGAACCUGGCAACUUGUUGGUAUCAUGGUCUAGUGUCAAUUUUGGCCAUUAUUAUGUGGUUUUUGUGAAGAGCGAUGAUGGCUUGGAAGUGCACUGCAACACAUCACAUACUCAAUGCCAUUUCCAAUCAGACUGCGGUUUCACCUACUUCAUUAGUGUCUUUGCAUACAACAAGGCAGGGCAGAGUCCUUUAGGCGAUGUAUUCAAUUACACCACUGCACCUUGCUGCCCCAGUGACUUCCACGCUGUGCUGGUGACAAGUGACACUGUGGAGGUGACCUGGGCUCCUGUCCGCGGUGCUGAACUGUACGAGACAAAAGCUGCUGAGGGGAGCAGCGCUGUGCUCUGCAACGACACCGCCACGGCCUGCACCUUGUCUGCUCUGCGCUGCAACACCCUCUACAACAUCACUGUUUACUCAUUCAGCGAGGCCAGGGGCAGCAACACAUCAUGCACAUCUAAAUACGUGGCAACAGCUCCCUGCAGUCCUGAAAUUAAAAAUAUCUCAAAGGAGGCUCUUUCUGUAGUCACUGUGCAUUGGCAGUCUAACAAUGAAGAAGCUACAUAUACCGUAACUGCACGAGGAGACGCUGGACUUUGGCAUUGCACAAGCUCUGGAAACUCCUGUACCCUAGUUAAUCUUCCCUGUGGAUCUGCUUUCUCUGUUAGUGCUAUAGCAAGGUCACCCGCUGGACAGAGCUUACCCAGCUACAGCGUUCCUUUAGAGACAGCUCCUUGUUGCCCUAACGACCUGACACUGACUCAAGUGACACAGUCUGUAACAAACAUCAGCUGGUCUGCUGGGAUGGGUGCUCAGACAUAUGUAACAGUGCUGGAGUCUUCCAAAGGAUGGGCAAAGUGUCACACUCUCCAAAACUACUGUCUCCUGGGAUGCAUCGCAUGUGGCACCACCUAUACAGUAUCACUGAGAGCAAUCAGUGAAACUGGUUUGACAUCCAGUUGCACGUAUCAAGGAUACUCUUCCAGUGCUUGCUGUCCUUCUGGAGUGAAGCUGUACAGAAUUGGCAACAACGGUAUCCGGGUGUACUGGCGAGCUUCUGCAGAAGCAAAAAGCUACAAUACUGAUUUACGUGGUUCAAAAGGCAAUUUCACCUGUACCCCUAGCUCUGGGCAAAGUUACUGUGAUAUCACUGAGAUACCUUGUGGGGACGUCUACACAGUGGUAGUAUCUCCAGUUACCGAUACGGAGCCAAAGCUGACUUUUUGUCCUAAGAAAAUAUAUUCAGUAACCUGUUCUGGAAGCUCUGUUGGAAUGGUGAUUUAUAGAGGAAAGAACAAUGCAGAACAUGUCUAGAUGGACAAUGUGGUUCAGACAGGGAGGUAAGUUCUAAGAGUCCUAGGAUU